AAAUAAUCGUAAUCCAAAACUAACAUGGUAGCCAAAGUUCUGCAACAGCUAUGGACUCAAAAGAUGGCUAAAAAUCCUCAAUAGAAACUCUCCCGUAAUUAAGCAGCACCCGGCAACACAGGACUCAGCUUCAUUAGGACUUUUAAUGGUGGGCUGAGGAGGGCUGCAACGUUUGGACUUGGUGAAAAAGUUUAUACUCUGGCUAGAUAUCACAAGGAAGUAAGGUCUGAAGAGAAUAAUCGCAGUUGGGCAGAGAGGAAUUCCAUACUCCAUCAGGAGGCAAGGCUUCGCAGGGACUUAAGACCUUGGCCUACAAACAGUAAAGGGAGGUCAGUAGAAGGAGUCGCAGUCUUUGAUGGCGAUGAAGACGAGGACCCUGAAUAAGGAAUGACAGAAGGACCAGCCCAAGUAGCAGGCCUCCAUAAAGUCUGGCCAAGGCUAUCAGCCCUUAGACGUUCAGAACAGUCCCGGCUGGAUGUGGCUCAUCCUUCCAGUUGGAGGUCUCCAGAAGCCCUGAUAGAUGGCACCGGGAUGAUGGCUGACCUAAAGGACAGAGUUCUGCAGAGCCCCGCCCCCACCCCUGCCGUCAGAUCUGGGAGACCCUGCAGGGCCGGAUGUGCUCCCCCCACUUCCGCUCGGGAGGCAAGGCGAUCCGCCUGUGGACGCUGCGUUUGUGCGGCCCAAGUUGUUUUUCCAGGACUGGUCAGGAGCCAAGGUUCUCAAAUCACCUGCCCAUUGGCCUGUACUCCUGUUUGCUGUCACUGACCACAGCCAUCAUGCCUCGUGGUCAGAAGAGUAAGCUCCGUGCUCGUGAGAAACGCCGCCGCAACCGAGGUGAGACCCAAGGUCUUAAUGCUCAGGCCACUACAGCAGGGGAAGAAGAGACCACUUCCUCCUCCUCUCCUGCUCCUGGAGAUGCUCCUUCAAGCUCCUCUGUUGCUGGCACUCCUCAUGGGCCUCAGAAAGCCCCAGCCACGACCAGUGCUGCUGCAGGUGUGACACGCUCAAGAUCUGAAGUAGGUGCCAAGGGCCAAGUUGAGGAAAGUAAAAAUUCCACCCAGGCCUCAACUUCCAGUGAGAGCUCUCACAAAGAUCCUCUAACCAGGAAGGUGGGGAUGUUGGUGCAGUUCAUGCUCUUUAAGUAUAAAAUGAAGGAUCCCAUUAAAAAGGCAGAAAUGCUGAAGAUUAUCAACAAAAGGUAUAGGGAGCAUUUCCCUGAGAUUUUCAGGAGAGCCUCUGAGCGCAUGGAGCUGGUCUUUGGCCUAAAGUUGAAGGAAGUCAAACCCAACAGUCAUUCCUAUAUCUUUGUCAGCAACCUAGAUCUCCCCAACGAUGAGAGUCCAGGUGGUAGCUGGGGCUUUCCUAAGAAUGGGCUUCUGAUGCCCCUCCUGGGUGUGAUCUUCUUGAAUGGCAACCGUGCCUCUGAGGAGGAGAUCUGGGAAUUCCUGAAUAUUUUGGGUGUCUAUGAUGGAAGGAAGCACUUCAUCUUCGGGGAGCCCAGGAAGCUCAUCACUGAAGAUUUGGUGCAGGAAAAGUACCUGGAGUACCGCCAGGUGCCUGACAGUGAUCCUCCUUGCUAUGAGUUCUUAUGGGGCCCCAAAGCCCGCGCUGAAACCAGCAAAAUGAAAGUCCUGGAGUUUUUGGCCAAGGUCAAUGAUACAGUCCCCAGUGCCUUCCCACCCCAUUAUGAAGAGGCUUUGAGAGAUGAGGAAGAGAGGGCCCAAGCCAGAGCUGCAGCCAGGGCUGGCACUGGUGCCAUGGCCAGUGCACGCUCCAGAGCCACAUCCAACCACUCUUCUCGCCCCUAUUGAAGUCUGAGGCCAAUUCUUCACUUUGUGGUUGGAAAAGGCUGUUAACCAGUGUUCCUUUUAUGCAUAAAUAACUUGUUGACUUUUGGGUUUUUUUUUUUUUUUGCAUUUUUCAGUUGGUGUUCCUUUCAACAGAAAGUUUAUUUAGGUUUAGAAUAUAAGUAUAUGAAUGACAUGGAUCAUACACUUAUUGCUGAUUGCCAGAUUUAGGAGUAAGAGUUUUGUUUUUUGAAAUACAAAUUGGAAAUCUUUAAAUCACUUUUGUGAUCCAGAACAAGAUAGCAUUGCUUUGGGAAAGGAAUAUCCUUGGAAAUGUAAAAGAACUCCGCAGUAAAAUAGUUUGGAUAAGAAGAUAGAUAGAUAGAUAGAUAGAUAGAUAGAUAGAUAGAUAGAUAGAUAGAUAGAUAGAUAGAGUAAAAGUUGGUCAGGUCUUGGUGUUCUUUACUCCGUUUAGUCUUUGUUUAAAAAUGUAAAAGAUAUAUACCCAGAUUUGCUUAUGUUUUUCCAGAAUGUUGGAAAA